ACUUCCGGUCGAUUGGGCCGGGCGUUAGGCCGGUGGGCUCCCGGGGCAGGCCUGCCUGUUCGGGUCUUUCCGGCACCUCUGCACUUCGUCACCCGACCUUCGGCCUCAGGAUUUGAACAGUGCAUCCGCGUUCCAUCUAUCUUCUGAGGCUUUGCCCUUCUCCAAGGAGAGCACUCAGGAGACCAGGAAAAUGGCCACGGGGCUCCUGAGAGCCAAAAAAGAGGUGCUCGUGGCAUUCAGGGAUGUGGCUGUGGACUUCACCCAGGAGGAGUGGAGGCUGUUGAGCCCUGCUCAGAGGACCCUGCACAGGGAAGUGAUGCUGGAGACCUAUGACCACCUGGUCUCACUGGAAAUUCCAUUUUCCAAACCAAAACUCAUUACUCGGCUGGAGCAAGGAGAAGAGCCCUGGAGGGAGGAGAGAAUAUGUCUGCUGGACAUCUGUCCAGCAGGAUCAAAGCCAGAAACUCAACCUUGUCCCUCCUGCCCUCUGGUAUUCUCCAAUCAGCAAGCCCUCAGCCAACAUGUGUGGCUGAGUCAUCUCCCUCAGCUGUUCUCACGUUUAUGUGCAGGAAAUCCUCUCUGUCCAGGAAAAAACUGUCCAGAAGAUCAGAAACAACAGCAAGAUCAAUUUCUUGAUGAAUCAUGCUUGAGCCACAAAGCAGAAGCUCAAGAGAGAGAAGACGACUCCAAACCCCUAUUUGGGAAAGUAAGCAAAAGUGGCACUUCAAAGGCAUUCUCCAGCCCACCUGAAGAACAGCUGGUAAGGUCCAAGGAAGACAACACAGUGGUGGAUAUAGGGCCCAAUCCAGAACAGAAGGCAGACUUUGAGGAAACAGACAAAGUAUUGCAUGAUUUAGAAGUCUCAGGAUUUGGAGCAAUCAAAUAUGAAGAGUUUGGGCGAGGCUUUAUCAAGGACUCAAACCUACUUGGCUUCCAGAAGACACACACAAGGGAGACAACUUACAUGUACACUGAGUGGGGACAAAGCUUCAGCAGUAUGUCAAUCCUCAUCAAAAACCCAAGGACACACUCUGGGGAAAAGCCUUAUGUGUGCAGGGAAUGUGGGCGAGGCUUCACCUGGAAGCCAAACCUCAUCACACACCAGAGGACACACUCAGGGGAGAAACCUUAUGUGUGCAAGGAUUGUGGACGAGGCUUUACUUGGAAGUCAAACCUCUUCACACAUCAGCGGACACACUCAGGGGUCAAGCCUUAUGUGUGCAAGGAAUGUGGGCAGAGCUUUAGCCUGAAGUCAAACCUCAUCACACACCAGAGGGCACACACUGGGGAGAAGCCUUAUGUUUGCAGGGAAUGUGGGCGUGGCUUCCGCCAGCAUUCGCACCUCAUCAGACAUAAGAGGACACAUUCAGGAGAGAAGCCCUAUGUUUGCAGGGAGUGCAAGCAAGCUUUUAGCCAGAAGUCACACCUCAUCAGACACUUAAGGACACACACAGGAGAGAAGCCUUAUGUAUGCACAGAAUGUGGGCGUCACUUUAGCUGGAAAUCAAACCUCAAGACACACCAGAGGACACACUCAGGGGUUAAACCUUAUGUGUGCCUGGAGUGUGGGCAAUGCUUUAGCCUGAAGUCAAACCUCAACAAACACCAGAGGUCACACACAGGGGAGAAGCCAUUUUUAUGCACAGAGUGUGGGCGAGGCUUUACUCGGAAAUCAACCCUCAUCACACACCAGAGGACACAUUCAGGGGAGAAACCAUUUGUAUGCAGGGAGUGUGGGCGAGGCUUUAAUGAUAAAUCAACCCUCAUCUCACACCAGAGGACACAUUCAGGGGAAAAGCCUUUCGUGUGCAGGGAGUGUGGUAGAAGGUUUAGGCAGAAGCCAAACCUAUUUAGGCACAAGAGGGGACACUCAGGUUCGUUUGUGUGCAGGGAGUGUGGGCAAAGCUUUUGUGAUAAGUUAACUUUCAUUAAACACCAGAGGGCACACUUAGGGGGGAAACCUCAUGUGUGCAGGGAGUGUGGACAAGGCUUUAGCCGGCAGUCACAUCUCAUUAGACACCAGAGGACACAUUCAGGAGAGAAGCCUUAUAUUUGCAGAAAGUGUGGGCGGUGCUUUAGUCGGAAGUCAAACCUCAUCAGACAUCAGAGGACACACUCAGGAUAGAGACUUUGUGUGUACAGGGAGUAUAGUAAAUACUUUAGCCAGGAGUCACACUUCCACAGACACCAAAGGACACACACACAAGGCUGUGGCUUUAAGUCAGCCAUUGCUGGAUACCAAAGUGGAGAUACCUUAUCUGUGACGGUGUGCAUGAGCCUGUAUUGGUAAGAGUCAUAUCUCUAGUCCACCUGACAGAGAAUUGCUGGCCCAGGAGCUCUGCCCUUCCCCAGGAUGGGGAUGAUGGGUAGUGGAAGGUCUGUCAGGUAACUUGAUGGAGGGAGUACAUAUAAAUAGGUUAAAAUUAGGGAAUGAAGACUAUUCCAGUAUCAUUUUCCAAGUUUACUUGAACACUCCUUUCACAGUACCCUGGAUGUUACAGAAAUAACAAUACUAGAGCUUGUCUUUUGAUGUCUCUUUGACCUUCUAUCUUGGCAGAACAAGAGACAUGGCAGACACCCAUGGCUGAUUUAAUCUUGCUUUCCCAGACCAUGACCCCGCAGAGUCAGCCUCAGGGAGAGUUUGGGGAAGGGUGAAUUCACAGGGAGAGGCUGACAGGCUAGAAAGACUGUAAAUAUCCUAGCUCUAGGGUUUGGGAAUAGGUAUCCAUUUUUUAAAAUACUCUACCUUUGCUUACCUCCUGGGGUUUUCUCUGGUUUCCAGGUUGAAUCCAUACUGAAGAUAUUUUUAUUGAUUCAUGCAUUUUAGACUAAAAGUAUGUGAUGUGCUUUUAUGAAGAAAACAUAUACUAUAUAGAAAUAGCAAAUGAAAUGACUUUCUCUUUUGAAUUACCAUACAACAUCACACAGGUAAUUCUUGAGUUUAAAUCUUUCCAACCAUUAUAAAACGCAUCAUUUUUCUUCUGAUUGGGAAUACUCUCUUUUUGAAAAUGGCAAUGUCCCACAAAUUAACUUAAAAUUCUAGAUCAGGUCCCAAUUUUUUCAUGGAACUUGACUAAAUGAUUCUGAAUUUUAUAUAGAAAAUGAAGUUUCAGGAUAGAAACUGUAAUAACAUAUGUGUUUGUCCAAAUAUGGGUAUUUAAAAUAGAUCUUUAGAACAAUGUAAAACAAAACAGAAAAACCCAUCUAUUUAUGAGCAUUUAGAAUGUGAUGAAACAAGAUUUCAAAUUGGAGUGAAAAUAGCAAUUAUGAGAUUCAGUGUUUGGGUCACUGGCUGUCAAUUUAGGGAAAAAAUAAAUGUAGAUCUCAAAGUCUCAAUAUAUAAAGGAGUUAGAGUUAGGGAAUCACUAUCUAAAAUGCUAUGAGAUGUAAUAGUCUUAAGUUAUAUUUGUUCAACAUCUAAGUAAGUCUGAGCAGAGUAAGAAGAUCUGGUAAAAAAAAAAAAAAUAUAUAUAUAUAUAUAUAUAUGAAGUAUUAGGUGGAAUAGUCAGCAUGGCCUGCCCUCCAUGGCAGUUCAUGGGCUGGCUUUUUUACUCCUUCUCAAUAGAAAGAUACUUUAGAGUUUUAAUCCUUUUGAGUCUCAGAAUUUAAUUAUUCUUUUGUAAAGAAAGAUUUCAAAAUUAAACAGAUACCUUUCACUGUUUUUUAACUUUUAGAAAGAAGAUCACGGUUUUCAUUUUAACUCAUGAAAAAAACUAAAAGAUUACCUUAAAGUGUUAAAAACUCUUAAGAAAAAAUAGAGCAGAUAUGCUACAUGAAAACUCAAGUAUAUUUAAAAAGAUACAAACCCUGAGAGACAGUUUCUAUGGAGCAGAAACCAAACAGAGAGAAGUGGAAAUGAUCUGAGAAAGGGGUACAAAGGAGUCCCAUCUUUUGGCCCAGCCCUGUUGAUUGUUAAACCCACAUCAGACCCUCUACUCAGAGCCGCUCAGAACAGACAGAAUUGGGGCAGGUAACCUGAGUUGUUCACCUGGGCUUAGCCUGGCACCAAAAUCCUUAACCAAACUUGGAAACUGAUUAGGAGCCAAGUACCACAUAGCAUAGGAUAUGUGGAUUCUUCUCAUCUGGUGUUAUUUUUUUCCAAUCUAUGUCCAGAGAGCCAUUCACUAGUGCCUCAUCUUUCAUAUUCUGAAGUGACAGCUCUAGAAGUUUCAAAUAAAUAGAAAAAGUGUCCCAGAGCAACCACUGUCCAUCCUACCACUCCCAUGGUAAGUAGUAGACUGUACUACACAGAGAAAAUUUUGAAGAAAAGAUGGGAAACAGUAUGAAACAGUAUCACCUCAAAUCCACAGGUCAGUUAAGGUCACCAUUAAAAUGUCUCAUUUAAAAAGAGGUAGUAGUAAGUUUUAAAAUAACUAUUACAUUUAAUUCUAUUUUAAUUCAUUAUUAUGUUAAAAGUGGUUAUCUAAGUGUGUGGUCAGGUGAUGUUUGGGGGCCCUGAGACCCUUUCAGGGACUCUGCAUAGUUAAACACAUUUUAUAAUAAUACUAAGAUAUUAUGUUUUUCCAUUGUGCUGAAAUUUGCACCAAUGGUGCAAAAACAACAGUGGAUAAAGCUGCUGGGGCCUUAGCAGAAAUCAAGGCAGUGCCACCAAACUCUGCUAGUAGUUAUUAUAUUCUUCACCAUCACAGACUUGCAGUUAAAAAAAAAAAAAAGAAAAAAAGAAUGUUCUUCAUAAAGCAGUAAAACUUUUACUGAAUCUAGGUCUUUGAUUACAAAAAUUUUUAAUUAUACUUUUUAUUUUGAGAUACUUGUAGAUUCAGCUUCAAGUGUAAGAAUAUUAUGUAGAGAGAUCCCAUGUACUGUUUGCCUAGUAUACCCCAAUGGUAACAUCUUGCAAGAAACCAUACUAUAAUAUCACAACCAGAAUACUGCAUUUGAUAUGUGUUCAUCUUUUAAAUAUUUUGUGUGAUGAAAUGGGAAAUGCAUAUAAAGCCCUUCUGCAUGUUUAAGUAUGAUAGACUGUUUUAAGGAAAUGCAUUUUUGUGGUUGGUUGAGUUGUGAGUGAAACUUUUUUAUGGACACCAUUUUUAUUUGAAUGAUAAUCAACUGGUGAUUUAUAUUUGGAUAUUCAGUAGAUGUUUUGUCAAAGUAAUUUUUUUAAAUUGACAGUAAAAAAAACUGACAGUGAUUUUUGCUAAUUUGAAUUUUAAGCAAAAAGUUUAAAUUUUGAAAGAUGAGUAUCUGCUAGUGUAUACUUGACAACUUCCCAAUACUUGGUUCUUUGUGAUGAGACUGGUGAUGAUAUUAGUGAAUAUGAUUUUGUAAUACUAUGUAAUAAAAUAUAUCAACUUUGGAAGAUCUGCCUAACCUAUUGAACCAGUAUUUUCCAAAUGACUACCCAUGCAUGAUGCUGUAAAAUCAUGCAUGGGUAAAAGAUCCAUUGUAAGUGUAAGACAAAAGGAUUUUUAUUUAGGAAAUGAAUGUCCAAUUCGACAUUGCAUGUAACCUUUAAGAAAUUACUACUUGUUGAUUUUGUAUGUACUAUCAAGAAUAAUAUUGACAAGUAUCUGAAAAUGCCAUUAAAAUUCUUCUAACUAUA